CUCCCUCCCUAUCCACCCUCAAUUCAAUCGUUUGCCCUGAUAAUGGUAAUGACUAUUAACGGGUUUAAUGAAUCCAAUAUUUUCACCGGUUUUUUUUACCCGUAUUUUUUCUCGGUGAUCAACAGAAGGUUGUUUCUCUUCUGCACCAGAUUCGAAAUUUGAAAUAAGAGUAAUCAGUUUGUUGUAGAUAGAAAUUUGUUCGGAGACGAGCUAACCAGAGAUUUUUCCGGGUGGUUUAUUCGCACUUGAGUUUUCUUAUCCAGAGCGAGAAAGCAGGAUGAUUCUCCCGUCGAGCAGAACAUUAUCAAUCUAAUAUCGUUCUCUGCGUUUUGUUAGUUCUUAACACAACUAAACUCAGAUUGGUAGCCUCGCCGGCGGCUGUGCUGAAAGCUCUAGCAUGGAGAACUCCCGUUUCAAGGUUUGUUGGCGUAUUCAUCUGUUUUUUUCCGGUGAGUACAGUGGAGGCCAUGGCGACGAUGAACAACACGCUGAGCGCCCCAAUCUUGCGCGACACAGUGUGCGUGCCGAGCGCCCCGACGACAGCGCCGUCGAAGCUCGUGGCGGCCAUGGAUGGAUUUUUUUCCUACUAUUGAGUCUUUUCUUGAUCCCAUCUGUUACUAAUUCAUUUUGUUAAUGGUUUGCAUUUGCAGCACCUUUGCAGUCCUGCAGCAGGUGCGAAUGUUUCAGGUGGUAGUGGCUCUAGUUCUGUUCUCACUAGAGCUCUCCAUGCUGCUCGAGCAAGAAAGAUGUAUCAGCGGAAGCAGCUAGCUGGUAUUGCAGUCUCAAAUUCCAAAAAAACAAGUGGCAUCAAGGGUAAAAAGGUAGUACAAGAAAAAAUUUACACCAGGUGCACUCCUGCUAUUCUCUCAGAUCUGUUCUCAGAUAUUGGUGACCAGCAGAAAGAGCUAGUGAGGCAAAUGGGGUUUGACGGGUUGCUUUCCAUGAGACUGACUAAACUGAACAAGCAAUUUGGAGCAUGGAUUCUGUGCAAGCUAGACCCAUCAUCAGGUAAUCUGUUUGCUGGAUCUAAACAUGAAAUUUGUUUGACCUGUGAGGAUGUCAGCUUACUUUUGGGAAUCCCUUGUGGACGGAAGCAGAUUUUACCUGCAAUUAAAAACGAGGUAAAAGAUGUUAAGGCUUAUAUGUGUGAAAUCUUUGAGAAAGAUUCAUUUGACGGAAUAACAAUUGCAACGAUUCAGAGGAUUUUGGAGAAAAAAUUUACCAGGACAAUGACUGUUCACGAACAGAUUGUAUUCAAGACUGCUUUUAUAAUCUUCGUUGUAACCAAAUUCUUGGCUCCUCAAUCUGUUAACAAUCACAUAUCUAUAAGGUAUAUGAAGGCUUUGGUUGAUGUAGAAAAUAUUCACAAGUACAACUGGGCAGAAUUUGUUUUGCAUGAGAUUAAAGAUGCAGCAGCAGCACUGCAAGACAAAAUACGCCAUCGAAAAAGCAUUGGUUACAUCAAUGGCUGCAUUAUACUACCUGAGCUUUUUUAUCUGCACCAUCUGGAUUUUGGGACGGACACUCCUGGGCAUGAAAACAUUUCAAGGAUUGGCGUGUACAAUGACUCCAUGAUAGCAGAAUUCAUUGACAGGGAUGUAAUUCUCAAGAACCGGAAACCUUUCCCUGCGUAUGGAAAGAUGAAGCUGCGUAACCGACAUGUUGAAAAAUGCAAUCUUGGCCAUCCUACGGGUGCAACAGAGGCUGCCCAUGUGAAUCGAAGCUUCGACACCUGAACGGACAUCGAGCCCCCAAGCUUUGAUCUAGGUAUUACACAAGAUAUCGAAGAUGCAAACAUGGUGGCAUGUACCCCAGGUCAUGACAUCUCCAAGGUGGUUGAAGACUCUGAGAAAGCACAAGAACUCAAAGCACAUACCCCAGAUCAGGCAAUCUCGAAGUUAGUACAAGCCUCUGACGAAGCUGGAGAGGAUAAUGCGGUGUAGAAAACUCCCUUUUCUCAGAGCGGUUACCGCCAAACAAAACUUAGUAGUUUCUCUCCGCACUCUUUGCUAAAAGAGACGAGUGGUGCGAGGAUUUACAUGCGUGAGGAGUACGCAUGUACAAAGUUCCCACCUAAAUCCAAGAGGAGAAUUAUCGGAGGUCCUUCUGAUAUCCUAUUCGAUCGGCCAAAGAGGUCUAUUAAACCAAGCCGUUCGGUGAAAUCACCAUUUCUGAGCAAGCAACACUCUUUCGUCAGACAUGACUUGAAGGCACUUGAUGAUUUAUACACCUAUGUAACUUCAAUCACUGAUGAAGAAGCUGUUAAGAAAAUUUGGGUUCACAUCUCUCAACCUGUCCCUAUGUCAUUAAGCCUACAUGACAUACAGCAGGCUAUUCGGCUAGACACUCAAAUGCAAGAAGAAACAUUCAAUGUUGCAGUUCAAGUUUUGGCAUCAUAUGAGAUACAUAGAUUUGGAGGGACAUAUUUCGUAGGCUGGAGACAUUUCUUAAACCAGGAUUUUGCAAUGUUUGCAACUGCUAGUGAUGACCUAUGGAACCCAGAGGAUCAUCUACCAUCAUUCAAAGAUGACUCCCUGAUACCAUAUGACCUACCAAGUUGCCACCUGAUAUUUAUUCCACUCCUUCAACCUCUGCACUAUUCUCUUUACGCAUUUGAUAUGGGGAAAAACAAUUAUGCAUCCUCGACCCACUGAGAGACGCCUCGAAAAGAUCGGAGGAUACUGCAGAAAGACACUCCAAAACAAAGAUUCACAUUUCAAAUGCUCUGAAGGAGUGCAUGAAUCUUGCAUUUCCGGAUUGGGACGAGGAUAUACCAAACUGGGUUUCUGAGUUCCCUUCGACCAUACCAGCUUUAAAUAACAGGCUGGAUUGUGCCUUUCAUGUGCUAUACUACAUGAGAAACUGGGAUGGAACUCGUCUUGUCAACCCCUCAUUAACUGUGAUAACAACAGGAUCAAGGAAAUCUUCGAAAGGAGUUUCUGUCCAACUUGCUGUCAUUCAAGAAAAACGAGGCUAUUCUGCCGGACUUCGUCACUCACGGCCUAAAGUUAUCUAAGAAGAUAUGAGCAUGUUAUGCAAGCAAGCCAGAAUAGUUGCAGCAUUUUUCUUUCGAAAAUUUCUUAGUUCAGAAUAAUUUAUGUCUGGUAUAACUGUAUUCAAGGCUAUAUGUACCCAGCUAUUCUUUUUACAAAUUAAGGAUUCUGUCA